ACGGACAAUUAUUAUUCUAAUGACGGGUCACCGACGAACGAGGGGCGCGGUGAAAGGAAAGGAAUGGGGGGUGUGGGAAGGGAGAGCCACACCCGGGAGUGGAUAUCAAGAAUAGUAUGGAGACUUCCAUCACGGCCAAAAGGGCAACGAGCCAUAAGUCAGCCGGAUGUUGAUAUCACCGCCAUUUUUUGCAGUUCUCAGUUUUGCCUGUCGACGUCAGUUCAAUCCCUCCGGAGUACCCAAAAGGGAAAUCUGCUGCCCGUCGAUAAGGGCUAGGGUCCUGUAUAGCACGUGGGGGGGAAACUUGGCUGCAGCCCGGUGGGGGCCUGGGUGCCUGAACACCCGGUCGAGACUCGCGCCCAAUGCAUUUCAUCAUCCUCCCUGUCGUGACCAUCCUUUCCAGUGCCGACAUGCUGGUCGGGUGACUCAACCAUUUCUCCCCAUUCAGUUUGCAGUUGGGAUCUGUCCGCGGACCGGAUUUCCCUUUUCUGUGCUUUCCUGCGGCAAUCGACAGCUGGCCCAUGCUCAAUAUGUGAGUUGGCUUAUGCUAAUUAAGCUGGCCGUGGCUGGUUUACCCGCGCUGCUUAUCAUCAUAUCUACAGUAGUAGCCCCUCUCAUCAAUCUCUAUCGAUGCUUGGUCGUGAUGAUUCGAAAUCAACUCCUUAGUCUACUAAAUGAGUUCACUACCACUGCCUAGAAUCCACCCCAUGGCACGCACCAGCAACGGCUAUUGACCGCUUGGA